GUGAGUUGUGACGGUAGCUCAUCUGUGGCGCGUACUGCCCCUAAGUGGAUUUGUAAUUUAUUAAAAAAUAAGAUCAGACUGUGCAUCGGGCUGCUGUAUUUAUUGAGGAGGAAAUUGCAUAAAACUCGUGAGAAUUGGGUGUAAUUUUGUAAGGUGUAAUUUUAUAGUGUAGACUGUACUGAGCAUAUUUGUGUUAGUUUGAGCAUUUUUAAAGAAAUAUUUGUCUCUCUGCCCAUAACGAAUUUUUCGGACUGACUGUGUUCAAACUUCAAUUGUGUUUUUAAAAAACGAAUUCGGUGACUAUUUGGUACCACAGUGAGCGAGAUGGCAGAUAGUCGUCUAGUGGAAAUGCAGAGUGCUCCUAGCCUCCGUCGCGUUAGCGCAUUUUUGUGCUAAAUUUCAAUCAAAACAACUGUAAAUGAUUUAAAAUAGUGAAAUUAUGUGAUAGAAGCCGGCCAUAGUGUUAUUUGUGAGUGAAAAAUACGUGAUUCCGUUCAUAAUAUGCUCAAGUGUUCAUUGCUCAAGACUGAAACAGUUCCUUGAAAUGGCUAGUGAUUAUUUACGUCCAAAAAGUGAAUUGAAUAGUGAUUUAGUGUCGUAAAUAUUUGUGUUAACAAUUGAUUUAUUCAUGUUAUUGAUAUCAGCGCCAUCUAUUGAGGGAUAGUGAUGUUAAGUUGACAAUGGAGGCCGGUUACAUACCGGUGAGCGCGCCAGGCGCGGCACAAGUUCUACCGUCAACCGUUAUGGCGCCACCGGCGAAUGUAGUUCGCGCGCCUGGUUUGAAACGCGGCAAAAUGGAGGAGGCCAUUUCUGAUCGGAUCAAGUUGGAGACUGUGUUUGGCUUGACAGUGAGCAGUAAUGCGGCUCUGGACUGCGAUCCAAAUUCUGAACUAGUCGCAUAUCCAGCUGGAUGCACAGUAGUCCUCUACAAUGUACGCAAGAACAGGCAGGCUCACGUUUUAAACGCCUCACGUAAGAGUGUCACGUGUGUUGCCUUUUCACCCGAUGGACGGUACCUCGCGACGGGGGAGUGCGGCCAUGCACCGGCAGUACGAGUUUGGGACUUACAGGAUCCCAUGGCGUCGGGUGCGGUACAAAUAGCUGAAUUUCCGGGUCACACGCAUGGAGUCAAUUGUGUUGCAUUCUCAACGUCUUCCAAGUAUCUGGUAUCAGUUGGUUCGCAGCAUGACAUGAUAGUGAAUGUUUGGGAUUGGAGAGCGAACCUCAAAUUAGCUAGUAAUAAGGUGUCAUCACGAGUAAAGGCGGUCAGUUUCUCAGAACAAGGGAAUUAUUUCGUGACAGUUGGCUUUAGACAUGUCAAAUUUUGGUUCCUCGAGUACUCCAGGAGUGCUAAGUUCAAAGAACCAGUUCCUCUCAUGGGUCGGUCUGCCAUUCUCGGAGAGCAGAAGGACAAUGAGUUUUGUGACGUCGUUUGUGGGAGAGGAGAAGCGGCAGAUAGCACAUAUGCCAUUACGAGGAGUGGUCUCCUAUGUGAAUUCAACAGCCGGAGACUGCUUGACAAAUGGGUGGAAUUGAGGACAACGAGUGCAAACUGUAUGGCGAUAGGAGCAAAUUAUAUAUUUGUUGGGUGUGCGGAGGGCAUUGUUAGGUGUUUUGCCCCGGAUUCCCUAAAAUACGUCACAACUUUACCCCGGACUCAUUAUUUAGGGGUUGAUGUAUCACAGGGUGUCAAUAUCAACCAUAUGUUCAGCCAGCCAGCAAACGCAAAGUAUCCCGACGCAGUAGCAUUGACAUAUGAUGAGAGGAACCACAAACUAACAUGUGUGUACAACGACCACAGUUUAUAUGUAUGGGAUGUACGGGAUAUUAAACGGGUAGGCAAAUCCCACUCAGCACUAUACCACUCGGCAUGCAUUUGGGGUGUAGACAUGGUGGGGAUGGGUGGUCCCUUACCUCCAGGGACAUUCCUGACGUGUUCCAGCGACGACACAGUGAGACUAUGGCAUUUGAAACCGGAACCACCGAAUAUUUAUAGUAAUGAAUUAAACAAAGUAUUAUAUAUAGACCCAGAAUUGAAGUUCCUUAAGGAUGUAGAUCUUACAGCCACCAGCGAUCGGGAUAAAUCGAAGACCUAUGAUGACAAGAUUGGAGUCAGAUGUGUACGAGUAUCCCCUUGCGGGCGUCACUUAGCAGCAGGGGACAGGGCUGGCAACAUUUGGAUCCAUAAUGUGAAUGGAAAUGGAACACCGGCGCAUACAUUAGAGGCACAUGACGCUGAAGUCCUUUGUCUGGAGUAUUCCGAACGACCAAGAUUGCUGGCUUCGGCCUCGCGGGAUCGGCUUAUACAUGUUUUCUUAGUAGAUAAGGGCUACCAAAUCCUCCAAACCUUAGACGAACAUUCCUCUUCAAUAACAGCAGUUAGAUUUCUUAGUUCUGGCGGUGGCCUGCAGAUGGCGUCUUGUGGCGCGGAUAAGACUAUCCUGUUUAGACAAUUGAGUACGAUGCCAGAUGGGAGUUACCAAUUCGCUCGUGGACAAAACGUAUCAGGCCGCACUACGUUGUACGACAUGGAAGUGGACGCUGGAGGAAGGCAUAUACUCACUGCUUGUCAGGAUCGUAAUGUCAGAGUGUAUAGCGCGUCUCACGGACGUCAUACGAAGACAUUCAGAGGAACAACCGCUGAAGAUGGAACAUUGAUCAAGGUGGCAUUGGACAGUAGCGGUAUCUAUCUUGCAACGUCUAGUACGGAUAAAAUACUCAGUGUGUACGAUUACUACUCAGGCGAAUGUAUGGCUACUAUGUAUGGACACUCGGAGAUUGUUACAGGUCUUAGAUUUACUCCCGACUGCCAGCACUUAAUAUCGGCGAGUGGGGAUGGAUGUAUAUUCGUUUGGCGAGUUCCACAUGACAUGGUUGUCACUAUGCGGGCGAGAUUGGCGCAACAGGCAAUUCGACAGGGCAGAAAAGCGCCAUCUAACGGUAUGUCAGGUUUGGAAAGCGAAACCGACUCCCAUUUGGGUUCACCGCCCAGGGAACUGACUGCUGACGAUAAAUUUGCUGCACCCGUCGUACCCGACUAUACGUUAAGAAUAGGCCGCUUACCUUCAUGGGCAAAGAAAAGCCUAGGAAAUGAGCUAGCAGCACCGGAAACACCCCCGGAGCCACCUGCGAGAGGAAAAUGGGCUACUCGAAUACUACCCGCAAAUGAAAAGCGAGGUGAUUCCGACGGUUCUAAGGAUAGUUCGCUAGAUAGCGGUACGGACACACGGUAUAUUGAGAAAAGAAGAGAACAGGGGGUAAAACAGAGGCCGAAAUCGCUCAACUUGUCGCAACUUCCCCGUGUUGAAGCUUUGUUCAGGAAUUUUGACCGUAACAUGAGAGCUACUUACGAUAUUUUGACGAUAUCUCCAAAAGCAGAGAAGGUAACGAUAAAUUUAAGUAAAACAAGAACACAAGAGUCUCGAGUGCGACAUCACACUGACGACUCGUCGCUUGGCAGUCUGAAGUUUGAGGAUCAAGAAUCGACAGAACACGAUGGUGAUGUUGAGGAUAUAUCUGAUGGAGAGAGGACAUCUUCAUCAGAGAGAGGAAAUCGACCCACCUACUACCCGGGAAAUAAUGAUACUGAAACUCCUAGUGAAUUUAUGGUGACGGCAAUGGACGAAACCGAGCUAAGGCAUUCAAUGCGUCGUUCGAAGCGUUGGACAGGCGAAACACCAAGAUUGGACUUGCCUCCCGCUACUUCCCUGAGUGGAUCACCGCACGACUCUGAUGAUGACGAGGUGUCAACGCCAUCUGGUGAUAACGCGGAUCGUAAUCCACUAUCCGGUUCUUGUGAGUCCAUAGACACGGCCGGUAGACGAGAGAAGUAUAUUAAAUCUGCGUUUGACAGUUUGAGUGGAGUGGACAUGGAUAAUGGCAACGCUGCGAAUACGGGUCACAAUUCAUUAUCAGCGAAACACUUAUCCCGCGGACCGACCCUUAGGCCGGACCCUGAAGCCAUCAGAAAUAGAGAAGAGUUGCAAAGAAGGAUACAAGAGACUAGAAGGCAGUUGGAUAGUUUGGCGUACCGUUCAAAUCUGAAGUCGAGUCAGUCGACAACAGAUCUAUCGUAUAUUCCUGAAAAAGAUGGCUCCAAUAGGAAUAGACUGUCAAUUGGAUCACCCAGUAACUCUAGGAAUUACGCGCGCACGCAUCUUACGCCGGAAGCGAGCGAGACAGGUAUGCGUCGUGCUAUCUCACUCUCGGACCUCGCGGCCAAGCCAGUGCCGGCUCCUAGGACGCCGCAAGGUCCUUCAAAACCUGUGCCAUCUAAUGCAAACACCAACAAAUCGCCCAGUGGCUUCGCCCGCCCUGCACCACGAUACACAAAAUCUAAUAUGACUAGGAGUAGCAGCGUUGGGGUAUUGAACCAGAGUGACUCGGAAUCGGACCCACAGCCGACUAGACAACCCAGAGUCGGUGGUCUUAUGAGACCAACGAUAAGUUCCAUGAACAAACAAGCACCUACAACCGCUAGGAGGCGUGGACUAUCUAAUGCAUAUAGUACAGCGAACGUCGCUCGCUCAGAAUCAAGUUCUGAGGCUGAAGAACGGACAGAAGCAAGACCAAGGGCCGCCUCAGUGGACAGGGCGUCUAGAAGACUGGGGGCCGGUCGCAGUGGCAGCGAGCGUGAUUUGUCAGCGAAGGCUCGAGAGGUGACUAAUCGGCUCACCUCUAACUCUCGACAGAGGCCCAAGCAAGAGACUACUGAAAAUAAUGUGUCAUCAUCUCAACUGUGUUCGGCUCUCACGGAACAGCUAACUAAGACGGCGAGUAAAGUGGUUCAGUUAUAUCGCACACUGCAGAGGGAACCAAAUGCCGCAGCCGAUAUCAGUGGACUCGAAGCAGCAAUCCUUGAGACACAAAAAGUCCUGCGUGGCGCUGUUCAAGGGGAACCGGACAAUAACCGACAAAGGAUUGACAAUCUUCUUUCGAAAGAAGGCGCCGCAACUGGCAACCCAGCGAUGACUCUCAUAGAGCAAUACUCGGAUAUCUUGCUCAACAUGAUGCAGAGUAAAAUGGUCAACCAGUUCGCACAGAGUCCACAAAGUCUACCCCCCACCCCAAGAGAACCGGGUGGGGAAAGCUAGUGAUUAGUGAAGUGAAGAAUAUUUAGUGUAAAAUGGAAUUGAAAAGUGUAAAGUGGAAUUGUAAAGGAAAUAAUAAUGGAAUUAAUAUGAAAUAGUUCCGUUUUGAAUUAAAAAUGUUCUUAUUUAUGGAAUAAAAUUUAUGUUUAUGGUAAUCGUUAGUAUUUAACGGAAUUGUAACUGGAUUUUCUUUUCUUAUAAGAUAAGAAAUUUGGUUAAUUAUUAUUUGAAUAUAUUGGAAAUAAUUAAGUAUGUGACGGGAAUAGUUUGGAAGGUUGGAUAAAAAUUUAAAACAGUAAUUAAGAUAUAUGAAUAUAAUUUUAUUGUUUCUCAAAAAACAAUUUGAUUUUUUUUUUAUAAUUGGGGUUUUAAAUAUAUUUUUAUCGUGGUUUAACCACUUUAAUGGAAUUGAACGCGGUAGAACAAUUAUAUUUUAUAUAAAAUUGCUGACAUUCUUAUGCAGUAUUUACUAUGGCUAGUAUUAAAUUGUUUUACAAAGAUCUGCGAUUUAAAAAAAAAUAAGUGUGCUGCCGUCUGUUUAAGAAUUGACAAAGCAAAAUUUCAGAGUUGUCAGAGGAAAUUUUUUGGACCAUUUAUGACAAAGUCUAGAAUCUUCGUUAAAAAUUAAA